GCCUGGGCAAUUUGUCAGUACUCGUGAGAGAAUUUGGAGUUCAGCAGUACCCUCAACAUGAUGGAAGAAUUAACAAGUGGAGGCGCCCAGGAAUUUGAUGUCUAUGGUGCCAUGGACUGGAAAGAUGGAGUUGGGACUCUCCCAGGCAGUGAGCUGAAGUUCCGAGUGAAUGAGUUUGGCGUUCUGGAGGUGAUUACUGAUGAAGCUGAAGUGGAAAGUGUAAAAAAGGCUCAUGCCACAACAACAUGGGCAGUGCCCACCGUGCAAGAAGCUUUUUUAGAAACUCAAGCAACACCAGUUAAAGAAGAGGAGACAACGACGACUAAGCUGUGCUGUGAGCACUGUCAUCAGUGUGGCCCGCCACAGGAUUUUCUUGGUGGUGGAAAAUUUUGUAGUGAAAAGUGUAUGAAGCUGGUGCAAGAAAUCUCUAGGGAAGAGAAGCUGACGAAAGAAGCACCAAAAUCCAAUGAGGAGGACGUCUCAAAAUGCAUCCGAAAAAGAAAAAACAAAGCACCUGACAACAUCAAAGAACAGCAAAAAGAGAAUGGAGACGAGGCUGGAGAAGAGGAAGAUGGUCCUUAUGAAAAGCCAGACAGGAAAAUACAGAAAGGACCACAAAGGACUCGCAGAAAAAGAAGAGGUGAUGCUGCGCUGCUAAAGCAAACAAUGCCUUAUGGGGGGAAGAAGAAAUCAUGGAGCUGGGCUUCAUAUCUGGAACAGGAAAAGGCAAUUACUGCACCGAGCAAACUAUUUAAAGAGUACCAGUCCUUUCCACAAAGCAAAACUGGAUUCAAAGUAGGAAUGAAAUUGGAAGGAGUGGACCCUGAACACCCUUCAAUGUACUGUGUUCUUACUGUUGCUGAGGUUUCAGGCCACAGAAUAAGACUCCAUUUUGAUAAUUAUUCAGAUUGCUAUGACUUUUGGAUAAAUGCAAACUCUGCAGAUAUCCAUCCAGUAGGCUGGUGUGAAAAAAGUGGACACAAGCUUCACCCACCGAAAGGGGUCAAAGAAGAUGAAUUUAACUGGCAGUCAUACCUCAAGCUAUGCAAGGCUCAGGCAGCACCCAAAUCUCUGUUUGAAAAUCGAAACACAACUGUUACCCCUUCAGGUUUUCGGAUAGGAAUGAAGUUUGAAGCCAUUGACAAGAAGAACCCUACUUUGAUCUGUGUUGCCACAGUAACUGACAUGGUCGACAGUCGCUUUCUGGUGCACUUUGAUAAUUGGGAUGAGAGUUACGACUACUGGUGUGAUGCAACAAGUCCCUAUAUUCACCCAGUUGGCUGGUGUAAAGAACAUGGCAAAGUCCUCACUACUCCUCCAGAUUACCCAAAUGUUAAAAUUUUUUCCUGGGAAACAUAUUUGGAAGAAACGUGUUCAUUACCUGCCCCUGCAAGAGCGUUUAAAGUGAAACCAUCUCAUGGUUUUCAGAAAAAUAUGAAGUUAGAAGCUGUUGACAAAAGGAACACUGUGCUUAUUAGAGUUGCAUCAAUCGUAGAUACAGAUGAUCACAGAAUAAAGAUCCACUUUGAUGGCUGGUGUGAUGAGUAUGAUUACUGGGUUGAUACAGACAGCCCUGACAUUCACCCUGCUGGCUGGUGUGCUAAAACAGGUCAUGCCCUUCAGCCACCUAUCAGUCCUCAUGAUAUGUUUGAAGCCUCAGAGCAAGGAGGAUGUCCUACUCCAGGAUGUAAAGGGGUUGGACACAUAAAAGGCGCCAGAUACUCGGGUCAUCACAGUGCUGUCGGCUGUCCUUAUUCUGACAUUAACAUGAACAAGGACUAUGUGCUUCCAGACCGCCUCAGUGGAGAAAUGCCUCUGUCCAGUCCAGCCAUGCCAAAGAACAAAAAAGGAGAAGCAAGCGGUGUACCGACACCCCCCUUGCUUGAAAAACACUCAAACCCAAAUAACUGCAGGCAACCUUUAGCUGCUAGUCGUUCUGCAGAGAGCUCUGGAACAGGAACGAUUCCUGGAGAGGAAAUAGACGACGAACCAGCACACAAGAAACCUCUCCUGUGUAAUAACAAGGGAAAGAAACAUAACAGAGUUGGACGUCCAAGUAAACAACGUAAAGUUGAGGAGUUGGAGGAAGAGGAGGAGCUAGAUAGUGAGGUGUCUUCAAUUACUGAAACCAAAGAAACAGAAGAGCUCACCUUGCAGCAAGCCCUGCACCAGUCAGUGUUCAUGCCUUCCACAUCUCCAUUACCCAGUCUACCUCUGUGCAGGGAGCAACACAGCAAACUCCUCCCCAGUGUGGCUGGCAUAACUGCCAGCAAAGUGGCCCAAUGGACUGUAGAAGAGGUUUCAGAAUUUAUCCAAGGUUUACCAGGGUGCAAUGAGCAGGUCAAAACAUUCAGAGAGGAGCAAAUUGACGGAGAGGCAUUUCUGCUGCUCACCCAGGUGGAUCUUGUGAAGAUAAUGAGUAUUAAACUGGGACCUGCCUUGAAAAUCUACAAUUCUAUUCUGAUGUUCAAAACUGCAGAGAACUCAUACAAUGAACUUUAAGCACUUGAGGGACAUUUUUGCACUUAAGCUCAAAUAAAGCUAUUGUUUAAAUCCAAGCACAAAUGUUCGGGCAGCGUCAAUGAAUAAGAUGGGCCUGUAAAGUUACAUCUGACAGUGAUUCAAUAAUGUGCCUCAUGCCUAGUGCAGUGUUCCGUGGCUGUAACAUCUUCAAGACACACAGAGUGUCUGGGAUGGUGAAUGUCUGCUACACUAAAAUGCAUUAGUUUUCCCCCUUCUACUGGUUCACGCCCAGUAUUUCCCAUGGUGCCCUUGUGCUACACACCAAAUUGCAUUGUCUCUUAUUGGUUUGAUACUACCACAUGUUGAACCUCUGUUUUUUUUUUUAAAUCACUCUACAUUCUGUUUUUUGUUUACAGGAACAUCCCAGACCAUAAUGUAGUUACUCAUGAUUUAAGCACCCUGAAUUAACACACCUCUUCAUAACAAUGAUCUAGUCAGCUCAUAAGGAUGUUUAUUCAGUGAAAACCAAAGUUAUUUAUACGUUGAUUUCAGUACUAUUUUUCACAUAGCUUUUAAAAAAGCUUCAGAAUGGGUUUUUUGUAUCGCUAUUGUUUUAUGCUAAAGUGUAUGAUUUAGCAGUAAUAAAGUUUGCCUGUUGUGGAAGUAUCCUUUUGCUGAGCAUGUUCGGAAAAGGCUCAUGCUUAGGAGUCUGAAAGUGAUAUUUUCGCAGCUGGGAGGACAAUGUGGCAAUUGGAUAAUGCAUUUUAAAAAUUAUCACAUUUUGAUGGAUUUUAAAUAAAGCAGUGCCUGGGGAACACACUUUUAAGCUCAUGGGAGUUGAGCAAUGUUGAUUUCACAGAUAGAAUCUUGCAGUGUUUAGUAACAACCUUUUUUUUUUUUUUACUGUAUGGUGCAAAAGAAAAAGGCUGGCGGUGUGCAGGGAUAAAUACUCAACAUUAAUCCAAAAGUCAGAAUAAUAUAAAAGGAUUACGGAGAAAGCAUUCUAUAAGCCCCUUGAAUGUCAUCAGUGGCACAUAUUUGGAAUGGUGCAUGUUUUUACAUUGUGAUUAAAUAUAGCUAACAAGAUAAUAAUAAUAAUAAUAAUAAAAUAAUAAUAAUAAUAAUAAUAAUAAUAAUAAUAAUAAUAAUCUUGGUUACUGAUCUCACCUGUCUUCAUCAAGCCCUGCAAUGGUAGACAAAUGCAUGUCCCUAUAUAUGGGUUAUGCUCUAGUUUUUGGGUUUGUUAACAGUGAACAACAUUGUAUAUUUUGUAUAGUCGUUAUUUAUUAAAUAAUGUCACUAUCAUGCUGAGACGAACAAGGCCUCAGCAACAUGUUGAAUUUUGGCAUGCUUAUACUGAUGAUGGUAAGUGGACAACUUUAUAUUAGGAUUUUUUUUUUACAUCUCAUUGAGAUAAAGUUAUCUUCAUAACAAUGUUGUCUUUAUUUUUAGACAUACAGUACAUAUGUAUACCACAGUUAGUUUUGUACAUGUGGAAUCAGUAUGUGUUGUAGACCGUAGUGAUACUAAUAGCCCUAGAUUUUGUAUUUACAGCUGUGGCAGAAUAUAUAUGUUACAUAUAUGUAUAUCAAGGAAACUCUGCCAUGUGUAUAAUUUAAUGUAUACUUUUCUUUAAAAUUGUAAUUUAUUUACUGUAUUGCAUGUGAGAGGGAUUACCACAGAAAUUAAGUUUGUUGUAAAACAUAAUUUCUUUAUGAAGAAAACUUUACAUACUGUUUUACGUCUACAAUUCCCUGCAUUAAUUGCUUGUACAUUUGCUGAAUUGAGAAGUUUACAAUGUUAAAAGGGUGUUUAACCUCAGACUGGUGAAUCAAGGGAUUAAGCAUCAGGCACUAUUUUAGAACAAGAGGUUUAGUAUAACAUGAAAUACAAUAUGAAAUGGUAAUAACUUGCACUGUUUAUAUACUUUUGUAUGUGUAUAGGUAUUUGCAUGGUGUUAUUACAGUAUUACAUUUGUUUUAGAAAAUUGUAUGCCCAAAGGGCUUACUGUUGAACAAACAAAUAAAAUAAUAAUAAAUAUGACAUGCAACAUUUUGUUCCUUAUGUUUGUUAUGCACGUGUAUUUUUUUCUAUAGCCCAGUGUGACAAGCUGGCUAAGUCGUGAUGUCAGGCCAUAAGCAGGAUGCAAA